UCGCUUAGCUCGCCGGCGUCGCAGUCGCAGUCGUCGAUAGCAAACUCUCCGGAGCAGACCCACAGUCGCUUAACGGGCGAAACCGAAUUCGAAAAAACAGUCAAAAUAGCCAGUGAAAAGCCAGCGAAAUAGCCAACAAAUAGCGCUUGUCGCUCCCCCACCAACCAAACUAACCAAACUAAUAGACGUGUUGUUUUGGCCAUUGCCAUUUCGGCCAACAGCGCCUCAAAGGCAGAAGAAAAAUAAGAUUCAGAAAUCAGUGCAGCAGCCGCGAAGUGCAUCCCAUAUUGUGGGCAUUUGUAUGAGUUUGUGUGUGAGAGAGAAAAGUGAAACGACCGGCAGCGAAAGCAGCGCGAAAGCAAAGCAAAAUAAGCUCCAAUCACUCACAAUAACAAACAGCAAGCCAAAAAGGAUAGCACAAAAUCAGCCAAGUGGCUGUGCCUCACCCCCCUAAUCGGAAAAUAAAAACUCCAUAUUGUAAUUUAUGUGACAAGAGUAAUAGUGGAAAACUUUAGAUCGCCCCUACUCUGAAGUUCCCCGCCCCCCACCCAGAACUGUACAAGCUGAGGUUACAAGCGGCCAAAAUUGGAUUAUGCUUAAGAAAAAACGCAACACCAACGCCAUUCAGCAGCCCAGCGACGUCGAGCAUGUGAAGCUCAAGCAGAGGCCCCUCUUCCAUCCGCCCCAGAAGCAGGAAUUUCCGACUUUCGGGUCACCGCCUCCACCGCUCCUGCAGCGCCUGCAGUUCAAUCAGCACCUGAACGCUCGCAUCACCUUCUCCUUGGAGCUCUACCACAAGAACGUGAUCAAGAAACUGCCCGGCAUUGGGAAAUCCCAUGUCAUUCGGCUGACCAAGAACGUCUGCCAGACUUAAGUCCACUCAACCCAUCCAAUCCAAUCCAAUAAUUAAAUUCUAACAAAAA